AUGAUAGAGCAACCCGCAAACGUGGAUGCCGCCGUGAAUACCCCAGUUGUGGUUGAUUUAAACGAUGAUGGAACAGUCGCCCAGGAACUGGAAUUAGAGCAUAUGAGUAGUACAUUGGAAGAGGCGAUUGUGGAAACGCGCAGUACGCCUCUCGAAAAUCGACCGCGACUUCCCCGCAUAGCCCUAAGCAGGCGGAAUCGGGCUGUCGUGAGGGCUCUGAACCCAAAGCUGGUGACCUAUUUGGAAGCCAGCUGGGACCUUUGCAAGAAGGACUCAAUUCUUUUUGGCGCCGCGCUGGCAGUCUGCCGUAUCAUAGGCGCCAAGGUUUCCACGGCUGGACGCGCUACUGGCCAUAGUAGCGCUACUAUCCCAGCAUGGAGAAGAAGAAUUGAGGAACGUAUCGCAAAGGCUAGAGCUCUCAUCGGCAGACUGAUAUGCUUCAGAUCAGGCAAUAACAGGCCAAGAAUUGUGCGCACCGUCAGGAUGGCGUUUGCUGGGACAAAUGUCAGUUUGUCCCAGCCGGAUAUAACGCAAAAACUGACGGAGCGCAUAGAUGAUCUGAAGCAAAGAAUCGCUGCUUGGGGAAAGCGAAUUCGGCGAUAUACCGAGAGGUCGACACGGUUCAACCAGAAUCGUCUCUUCCAGAGUGAUCAGAAGAGGCUCUAUGCAUCAUUGGAGUGA